AAUAUAUGGCCUCCCCGGACACCUCUCAUCAUCACGCACCACCUUAUUUUACGGACCGGCCAACAUCGUCAACACUCGAGCACCAUCGCCCUCCGCCACCAUCUGCAUCUUCGCGAGGCGGAUGGUAUACGCGUCCGUCCGCGGCGCCGUCGAGUUUGGCCAUGACGGCUUUCUUCGAACAGCCCGUCAUGCAGAUCGUCGAUUACGCACCCGCUCACGGUGCUUCACUCAAACUCGACGCCGUCACUUUAGCGAGCAAGUGCAUCGUUAGCCAGCUCGGUGGCGCAUGCUGGAUAGACCAGACAAUGGUGUCCGGCAAGGUGCGUGUCGUGCUCAGCCAUGGGCAGACCCGUAUUGUCGAUGUCGUCCAGCGCGCCACCGUCAUUUGUGCAUGCGCCCGGGGUUUGCACGGCUCCCGCUCUGUCUCGUAGUGUCCUGUAUUGCCUUUCCCCAGAAUACUCUAAUGCAUGCCAUCAUGUUA